GCGCGCCGGGCCCUUAGCAACGGCUUCCCCGCGGUCUCUCGGGAGACGCGGCCAUGGACGCCGCGCACCGGGCCGCCUUGCUCACCGCCUCCUGCCUCCGCACGCCGGUUGACCCACUCACGAGAGCUCCGGUGGCGCUUUACGAGCGGCGGGCGGGAAGGCCCGCGGCGGGCGGCGAAGGGCAGGUUGCAGAAAUGGGCAGCAGGCAUGCACACAGCAGAAGACGCCCUGAAAGAACUUUGCAGAAUUGUCAGGACUUGUAUGCCACCUGCAAACCAAAAAGAACUUAUUUAUCUUCCUUGUCGGAUACCUCAUUAUUACAGGAUAUUUUGGAUCUGAAUUUGAGUCCCGAGCGAAAGCCGGACUCCGCCCCGUGCGCUGAUUGCGAGGGCUGCCUGGACCCCUCCAAAAUGCACCUCUCAAACCAGGAAUAUUACUUGAAGCUGGAAGAACUGAAGAACGCUCAUAUGGAGACCAUGGCACAGCUGGAAAAGAUGUAUCAGAAUAAGCUGUGUCUCAGAGACGUGCAGCCCUUCACCCAGAUGGAUGCCACGCGGCCUGCGAAGCAUCGAUCAACCUGGGAGAAGGGCUCCCUUCAAUCCCGGCAGAUGCGUAAAUCGUUGUCCGAGUCUGAUUUAAACUAUUGUUUCGACUCUGAUUUUUCUGACGUGUCUGACGUAGAACUCGAAUUAGAGGAAAAUAGCGACGAAGGAGGAUCGCCGAGAUUUGGAAAUAUAUGGGAGGAGGUUUCUUUGGAGAACUUUCCCCGCUGGAGCACCAGCGGCUCAUCCAAGUUGGAGACCUUGAAGAAGAAAAGGAGGAAGAGAAAAGCGUGGUCUCCAAAGAUCACCGUGCCCGAGCCCUUCCAGAUGACGAUUCGGGAAGCUAAGCGGAAAGAGCGGAAUGUCAGAUCCAAGGCGCAGAUUGAAAUGGAAAACAAUUUGCUCAAGAAACAGCUGGAAGAAGAUGUCGAGUGUCAGAAGCAGUUCCGUGCCAACCCGGUGCCCGCUUCCGUCUUCGUCCCGCUUUAUCAUGACAUCAUGAGGCAAAACGAAGAGCGCAGAAAGUUGAUCAAAGACCAGAGGAGGGAGGACCUUUUGGCUCUGCAAAAGCCGUUUCGUUUUAUCGAAAGAGAGGCCCAAAAGAAAGAAAUGCGGAAGAUGCAGCUGAACGAUCUUUCCGCACCAGGCAGGAAAGCCAAAAUGUUCAAAGCGAAGCCGGUUCCGAAAUCUGUUUACGGCCCAGAAAUCAGCGAGAGGCUCAAGGAAGAAGAGCUCUACCGAGAAAUUAGAAUUCAGAUGCGAUCGGAGGAGCUUCUCCGCAGUUCGUCCCUUCCGACCAGCAGACUGGGCUACAAGCACCUCCCGCCAAAGAGUUCGGAAGAGAGAAAGACGCCUGGCUUUAAGCCAAGGACCAAAGCGAAGGUCCCGGAUUUCGAGACGCUCCAUCGGAAAUUUCAGCAGCAGUUUCAGAGGCAGAUGGAUAUUAAACCCACCACCGUUUGCGAACCCUUCCGUCUCCGCACGCAGAAUAUCAGAUCCCAAAGGGGAAAAAUCCUGGAGGACAUUCAGAAGGACGAAGAAAAGUUGAACGAAACCCGCUGGCCCUAUGCCUCUCCCAGGAGUCAGCCCCACACGAGGUCUACGAAUACAACUGCUUUGCCUUCGGACUACGAAGAACCCGUGUCUCCGAAAAUCACAGAGUCGACGAGGAAACGAUUACGAGCUAUAAGGGAUUCUAUAGAGGAAAAAAGAAAGCUGGAUGAAGCACAGAAAAGGAAUAGAGCAAAACAGAAACACAAAUUAAGAAAACUACAGAGAUUGGUGACCACUCGGGCCGAGGCAAACGACCCACAUCAGAGCCUGGCUCAGUUGUACAAAUCGAAGUUAAAAACAUUCAGGAAACACGAAAAGCAGAGACUGAAGGAAUAUCUCCAAGAACUGGAGGAAAUGGAAGAAAGGGUGGAAAAGAGGCCCCUGUUGUUGGAGAGAGCGACCCAGAAGAAUGCCCGGAUAGCGGCAGAGAGGCAUUACUCCGAGACUCUUCGAGAGCUGGGGCUAUGCGAAGAAUUUGUUUCAAAGAAAGGCCGAGCUGCUAAAACGGAACACGCGCCAUACCAUUCCAGUGAUGGCUCUGAAAAUUCGGCAGCCGAAGGGAGAAGCGAUAACGAAGUUGUGUCGGAAAGAAGAGUUUCUGAUAAAGAGGAAGAGAAAUCAGAGGAUCCCUCUGGUCAGUCUUGUAGCAAAGAAGAAGAGGAGGAGGAGGAAGAAGAAGAAGAGGAAACCGAGGCUAGCUCCGAACAUUAUGAACAAGAUGACCCUGAGUUUGCAAGUGAAGACUCUGGGGACAGUACUGUAGAAAAGCCUAGUGACAAUGAAGAACUAUCUGACUGAAACACUUAUCAACUUCCCCGUUGCUUGAGUUUGGGGGCCCAGAGCUUAAUCCGCUCCUCGGCGGAAGACGGGGGUCGGAAAAGAUCCGGUUGCUGGUGCUGAUAGCAUUUACUGCUGGGGCUAAUAGCAAUUAUGGCUUAAUUGGUCGCAAGCAUAGAAAAGCUGUUGACUUAUAUUGACAGAAUAUGAACCCUUUGGGGGUAGGGCGGUUUACCAAAUAAAUAAAUAAAUAAAUAAAUAAAUAAAUAAAUAAAGAAAGAAAGAAAGAAAGAAAGAAAGAAAGAAAGAAAGAAAGAACUGAGUACAGUAGGACAGGCAAAGCCAGUGGUGUAUGGGGGGCAAAUGGGGCCCGGGGCAAAAUGGCCCCCCCACAGCACCCUGCCGCCCCCCCCCAAUUACCUUAGUUCAGCCAGCUUCAGAGAGCUGA